AUGAUUGAUAGUUUUAGUACAGAAGCGUUUACCCUGCUGGGGGUAGCCAUUGCCGUCAUUGGCUUACGAACGGCUGCAAGAUGGAUUAUGGUUGGACCGAGAGGGUUCCAACUUGAUGAUUAUUUAAUGUUGGUGGCAUGCGUGGUGUAUGGGCUAGAAACCGGUGCUGCAUACAUGGUCGGCGCGUGGUUUAUGGGCCUUGCCAAUAACUCGAUGACGGACGAGCAGCGAAAAGAAUUGUCUCCCCACUCGGAGGAGUAUCGCCUGCGUGUGGGUGGCUCCAAGGUCCAGGUCGCCGGCUGGUCACUAUACACUUUGCUGUUAUGGUUGUUGAAAACAUGCAUGGCCGUGUUCUACUCUCGAUUGACCGCAGGCUUAGUGAAUAUGCGAAUUCGAAUCCAUAUCGCAUACGUUCUAGUCGCCGUGACCUACAUUGCCACGAUCUGCUCGAUUCUCUUUGGAUGUCAUCCAAUGGACAAAAAUUGGCAAAUAUAUCCGGACCCUGGUAAUCACUGUCAGCCCGCCGUGUCCAAGAUUGACAUUUAUGUGACCGUGGUACUCAAUGUUGCGACCGACAUCUAUCUCAUUGGUAUCCCAGCGCCGUUGCUCCUCAAAGCCCGGCUACAGUGGCGGGAAAAGCUCGAGCUCCUGAUUCUUUUCAGCGGUGGUCUGUUCGUCAUGAUGGCUGGUAUCCUACGCUGUGUUCUCAUUUUAACAGCUGGCGCAAAUGGAGCCCAACAAGCUGGCAGCUGGGCCUGCCGCGAGACUUUCGUCGCCGUCGUCAUCGGCAAUAUCCCCAUGAUCUACCCAUUGAUGAGAAGAUUCACAAAACGUGCUGGCCUAUACAUUUCAUCAAGAGGUGGCUCACAGAGUUAUCCCGGCUACCCUCUAUCAGAUGCCGACACUGGCGGGUAUGCCAAACGCAAGAAGUUCCGCCAUCCGCUAUCAAUUCCCGGAGACACUCAGUGGAAUACAAUCAGCGACGAGCAGAUGAUUCUUCCCAACUCACGGCAGCAACCGGCGACAUGCACCGCCGGCGAUGGCGACUGGGAGUCUCACAGCCAGAGUAGCCAGACUGGAAUCAAGGUUGUUCAUGAAACAAUCAUUCAUAGUGUCGAGAAGUCUCCUCGGUUAUAG